AUGGGUAUCAAGAAGAGGACUCGCAAGUUUGCUCAGUCGAUUGUAUGCCCAUCUCCCCUCAUCCUCCCGAAUAGUCCGCCCCCCGGACAAAAUGAAUUAAUACAUCAGAUUGCUCAUGAAAACAAACCUCCCCCCACUAACGAAGACCACCUCAACAGCCCCCAAGUCUCCUCCGCCCUAUUCUUUCAAUAUAACACAGCCCUAACACCCCCCUACUCCAUCCUCGUCGAUACCAACUUCCUCUCACACACAGUCCAGCACAAGCUUGAGGUCAUCCCGACAAUGAUGGACUGCCUCUUCGCCAAAUGCAUCCCGCUCGUCACGGACUGCGUGCUAGCCGAGUUGGAGAAGCUGGGUCCCAAGUACCGCAUUGCGCUGCGCAUUGCCAAGGAUCCGCGCUUUGAGAGGUUGAAGUGUGACCACAAGGGGACGUAUGCGGAUGAUUGUCUUGUUGAUAGGGUUAUUAAGCAUCGUGUUUAUAUUGUGGCGACGAAUGAUAGGGAUUUGAAGAGGAGGAUUAGGAAAAUUCCCGGAGUGCCAAUCAUGAGUGUUGCUAGGGCGAAGUAUGUUAUCGAGCGCCUCCCCGAUGCUCCGGAGAAAUGA